AUGACUACAUCUCCACUACCUGAUAAUGGCUCAAAUUCUGAUACUCAUGAUUUAUCAGUACUGAAAUUUUCACCUAAACAUGAUCAACAAGUAUUCCGUCGUGCAUUUAUUCAAUCCACAACCAGUCUAUUUGUGAUAGUAUGCGGAGCAUGUGCCUUCCUAGUUUAUCUCAUUCUAGAACCUUUCAUACACAGCAUUCUAUGGGCCAUACUUACCGGUGCAUUGCUAUUUCCAUUUAAACAUCGUUUAACUUCACUGACACUUCGCUAUUUACAACAAUUAGAUACAAACUCAUAUUUAGUAUCCUAUGGUCUCGUUAUACUCUUACCUUUGCGAAUCUUUGAUAAGACAAUCGAGUCAAUUGGACCCAUAUGCAUUCAGAACUAUAAAUCACUGUUACUCACUAGUAUAUUUUUGCCAUCCAUUGAGUUUCUUCAAUCGGACAUUGUCUAUGAAUGGAUAACAACAAUUGGGUACGAUUAUUUGAUAUUAUUUCAAAGAUUUAUAUAUUUAUUUGAUUCCUUAUGGGUGAUAAUUUUAUUUACUAUUUAUUUAUGUGUUGUGUUUAUUUUCUAUAAUAAUUCAUUGAUUUUACAAUACGUACUGAAAACAUUAGCAGUACCAAUUUGGUCUUGUCUAUUUAUUUACCUUUCACAAUUCUUUCCGGUUAAUUAUCGAUUAUUAAUAAUUACAUUUAGUGCUUUUUUAAUAUGCUGUGGUUAUCUGAUCGAUCAGAAGGUUAACCAAUCGAGUUCUUCUCAGAUUGAUCAACAUCAGCAGACAAUACUCAUUCGAACAUGCAAUUACUUUAAUCAUUUUCGAACUUACUUAUAUAUGAAAAGAACAGAAACUAUUCUGCCAUCCUCGUCAUCGUCGACAACCUAUUUCAAAUUUGUGCUCUGGUCCUUCAUGGCGAUUAAAGUCUAUCAAUUCUAUUGGUAUCUCAUUCCAAUAUCGAUCUUUGUUAUUAUAUACAAGAGCAUUAAAUAUCUUCUUCUCAAUUUAUAUAUUUACUUACGUCGACAAGUAGGUUCACAAGAUCUCAUUCAACGAUUUAUCCAAUUUUGGAAGAUUCGACGCGAAGUUUUACUACCAGCACCGCUAAAUGGUCUUAUGCGUUUUUUUCUCAAAGGAGAUAAGAAGAUCAAUCACCUAUUACAAGGAUCCGUUGAUUAUCUCAUUAGUGCAGGGAUCAUUGUCACUCUAUUUAUCUUUAUACUUUUUGGUACCAUACUUCUUAUCAUACAAAUUCAACAUGAAGGUCUACAAAUGAUCAAUUUAAUCAGUAGUUUUGUCAAUGAAAGUACUGUAGUACAACAUAUAUUACCCGACAAAGAACACGUAAGUCAUUGGAUGGAUACAGCCGUGAAUAAGUUUUACAUAGCCGGAAGACUUUGGAUUAUUACGCAAGUUGCAAAAGUACAACCCUCUCGAGCCGAGCCUCGAUGCUGUUUUCCAUUAGGUGUUGUGUCUGGCGAAUCACCUUAUAUGCAUACUCAAAUACGUGGCGCCGGUAGUUUAUCGAAUAAAAACCUUGAAGAACAAAUAUUACAGCUAUGGGAUCGGUUCUAUACUUACAUAACCAACACUUCUACGAUACUUCCUUCGCACAAAAAUCGUAGUCGAAUAGUCCAAUCAUCAUUCGAUCAUACGUUCCUUAUACCAAACUUAUUCUCGUACGUGCAAACUAAUUUUCAAUUACACAUUAACGAUUUUAUCCGUCUCAUACGUGAUAACCUUGACCUAUUCCAUACUAUUUGGUUAAAUGCGACGCCACUAUUAACAGGGCUAUCAACAACAAUAUCGUUAUUGUAUACCGGCGGUUUUGCUUUAUUGAAUUUUUUUGUUUCAUUUAUUGUAUUUGUUACUUUACUGUUCUACCUGUUAUCAAAUUCUGAUCAAUUCACUUAUCGACCAACACAAUGGCUCAAUAAUAUUCUAGCAAUAGGUGGUUCGGGUCUUGGUCAAGCUGUGAAUGAUGUUGUUACCAGUGUAUUUAUUGCUUCGUUGAAAAUCGCUUCAUUCUACGGUCUUUAUACAUAUACUUUGCAAACUUUAGUUGGCUCAAAUCUAGUUUUCCUCCCAGCAGUCAUCGCAGCUAUAUGUGCGGUGAUGUUAAAGUCUUAUUGGGCAGCGUUGCCGGGCUGUUUGGAUAUUUGGCUCGUACAACAAAGACCGUUCGGUGCACUGCUAUUAUUAAUCGCUCAGAUUAUACCGGUUUACAUUGUCGAUACAGCUAUCUAUAGUGAAGUUAAAGGUGGUGGGCAUCAGUAUUUAACUGCAUUAGCUAUCGCAGGUGGAGUGUAUUAUCGAGGUAUCGAAGAUGCUUUCAGUGGUCCUAUCAUUUUAUGCUGUUUGUUGGUUGGUAUUCGAAUGUAUAAUGAAACGAUUGCCACAGUCUCAUUGACUUAUGUUAAAAGUCGUCUCACUCAUUGA